UUUAGGCCUCAACCAUACCAGCAGCUUCUCCUGUGAAGCACACAACAGUAAAGGUGUGGCUGCCUCAGCCUCUGGAACUGUGCCAGUGGUUCCCUCCCAGGCACAGAAAAUCCAAGUUGUAGAGGUCACCAACUCUUCCCUACACAUCUCCUGGGAGCCUGGCUUUGGAGGGGUAUAUCCUGUCUCUGUGUGCUCUAUACAGGCAGCUCCGUCUGGUCAUGAACCGCAACACGUUGCGUAAUCUCCUGAUCCAUAAUCAGAAUGUCUAUGUACCACCUGCUCAGCACCUGAUCCCUGAACUGAAGCUCUACACCUUCUAUGACGUGAGGGUGGCUUGCCGUAGUAGUCAAGGUGCUUCCCCGUGGACACCAUGGGUAACACUGCACACAGCUGAAGGAGGAGUCAGGUGCUUAGGCAGAGGGAGAGACAGACAGAGGGUUGGAGGGAUAGAGGGAGCGAGACGGGCUACAGAGUGGAAUACCUCACUGCUAACAUGCCCCGGGCUGUUAUGGAGUCAGUUCAGUCCUCUGAGCUAGCUAUCUCUCUCUCUAGCCUCCUGGGCAGUGUGUCCCUGAGUGUGAGUGCCUGUACUGUUGCAGGUUGCGGCCCCUGGAGCCCAGUCCAAUCCCUCAAACAGAAGCACCUUGAUGUGUCCCUUCAUCAGACAUUCUCCUGGUAUUGGUGGAAGACAUUUUACCCUAUGAGGAACGCUGGUGGGGAUUUUGUGGUGAGAUACAGUGCAGGACGCACCUACAAUCGGCAGUCAAAUGAAGCCACAUUUUCCAUCUGCACUCGCACUGAGAUGGAGGACUUCCUCGGGGAGGCUGCUUGUAUGAAGGAGUUUGACCACCCCAACAUCAUGAGACUCCUUGGGGUGUGUCUGCAGGCAGCAGAGAGAGGAGACUACCCCUCCCCUGUAGUCAUCUUGCCCUAUAUGAAGCAUGGAGACCUGCACAGUUUCCUGCUCUACUCUAGACUUGGGGACAAUCCUUUGUCCCUGCCUUCUCAGAUGCUGGUGAAGUUCAUGACAGACAUCGCAUGGGGGAUGGAAUACCUGAGCAACAAGAGGUUCAUCCAUAGAGACCUGGCAGCGCGAAACUGCAUGCUGAAUGAGAAUAUCACUGUCUGUGUGGCAGAUUUUGGCCUUUCUAAAAAGAUCUAUAACGGGGACUACUAUAGACAAGGACGCAUUUCAAAGAUGCCAGUGAAAUGGAUCGCCAUCGAGAGCCUGGUAGACAGAGUUUACACCACCAAGAGUGAUGUGUGGUCGUUUGGAGUGACUAUGACGCCCUACCCUGGAGUGGAAAACAGUGAGAUCUACGACUACCUUAGGCAGGGCAACCGCCUCAAACAGCCCCCUGGCUGCCUAGACACCAUCUACUUCCUGAUGUUCUCCUGCUGGCUGCUGAGUCCUAAGGACCGCCCAGGGUUCCUCUCUCUGCGCUGUGACCUGGAGAAAGCCCUGGGGGAGAUGCCUGAGCAGGAGGAGGCAGAUUACCUGCUCUAUGUCAACAUGGAAGAGCCCUCAGGCUCUCUGUUUGGGGCCAUUGGGGACUGGGAGCCCUUUGGACUGCCUCACCCAUCCUACUGGAAGAACAUGGGCAAUCUGGAAACAAUCCAGGUGCAUCAUCAUAAUCAUCAUGAUCAUGCAGAACGCUAUGUUCUCUGCCCUCUACGGACAGCCCUCAGCACAAGGCCCAGCCCUAUCUCAAUGACUCUAUGGACAGCCCUCAGCACAAGGCCCAGCCCUAUCUCAAUGACUCUGUGGACAGCCCUCAGCACAAGGCCCAGCCCUAUCUCAAUGCACACAGGCACAAGGCCCAGCCCUAUCUCAAUGACUCUAUGGACAGCCCUCAGCACAAGGCCCAGCCCUAUCUCAAUGACUCUGUGGACAGCCCUCAGCAUGAGGCCCAGCCCUAUCUCAAUGACUCUGUGGACAGCCCUCAGCACAAGGCCCAGCCCUAUCUCAAUGACUCUGGACAGCCCUCAGGAGGCCCAGCCCUAUCUCAAUGAAUCUGUGGACAGCCCUCAGCACGAGGCCCAGCCCUAUCUCAAUGACUCUGUGGACAGCCCUCAGCACAAGGCCCAGCCCUAUCUCAAUGACUCUAUGGACAGCCCUCAGCACAAGGCCCAGCCCUAUCUCAAUGACUCUGUGGACAGCCCUCAGCACAAGGCCCAGCCCUAUCUCAAUGACUCUAUGGACAGCCCUCAGCACAAGCACAAGGCCCAGCCCUAUCUCAAUGACUCUACGGACAGCCCUCAGCACAAGGCCCAGCCCUAUCUCAAUGACUACGGACAGCCCUCAGCACAAGCCCAGCCCUAUCUCAGCGGACAAGCACAAGCCCAGCCCUAUCUCAAUGACUCUAUGGACAGCCCUCAGCACAAGGCCCAGCCCUAUCUCAAUGACUCUACGGACAGCCCUCAGCACAAGGCCCAGCCCUAUCUCAAUGACUCUACGGACAGCCCUCAGCACAAGGCCCAGCCCUAUCUCAAUCUCUACGGACAGCCUCAGCACAAGGCCCAGCCCUAUCUCUGA